UCGGUUCUUGGUCGUGCUAGGAGGAGGUGGCUAGUCGUUAGCUCCUCCGUUCCUUAGUUCGUUUUGAGGUUACGUGGUGUUCCAUGCGUUUCCCAAUCCCCCUCAGUGCCAUGUGUCAUUUCUUGUGCUUUUUGUUGGAUAAUUGUUAGUUUUUCAACAUUGUGAUUCGUCGAUUCUAUCUGCUGUUGUUUGGAUUUACACGAUUUGUUGGUGCUACACAAAGUUUUACAAUUCAAAUGACGUCCGUUAUAUAUUGCGAGAGGUAGUGCUUGUGAACUAGAUUUAACUCGCAAAAUAUUUGAAUGACAUCCGUCAUAUUCAUUGUGAUAAAUAGUGCCUUACAACUAUUUUAUUCAGAACUACGUUCAGUGCCUAUUAAACUGAGUUUACUUAGAAACUCAAUCAAUUGCAAUAAAUGUUUAAGGUGAUAUUGUGAAGUGUUAUCCUUACUGAAUGAAAUCAAUAUUUAGUAUUUUUAUUCAGAAACAGUAUUUAGUGUCUAUUAACUAGAAUUGACGUAUGGAACAAUCAAUUUUUUAACUUCUGCAACAACGAAAAUAACGUUCAGUCUCCAUGAACUAGAGUGACUUAUGGUUCAAUCAAUAUUUUUACCUUCUGUGAUUGGGUUCUUAAACCUGUAUUACACACUGUGACAAAAAACGCCUGUGAUUCCAAGUUUAUAAAAUAAAUUUUGGUACAAUCAAUAAUUGAUAUGUAUCACACAUUGUGACAAAAAGUGUCUACGUUUCAAAGUAUAUAGAAAUGGAGAUGACUAUGGCAACAACCUGUUUCCGCCCCUCUCAGCUGCCUCCGAGCGGAGGCGGAAGUCUGACCGCCUCCGGAGGCGGUACGCGGAAAAGCAGCCUCAAAAACAACACCACAGUGACAGUGGCGAUAGUGGAGCCGCAACCCGGAAGUCGCAUCUCGAAGACGACAGUGGAGCCGCAAACCGGGAACCGCAUCUCCAACGCUAACCUGGCGACAAAACCGCCCGCGCGGAUCCGCAAGAAAUCGGCGGGAGCUCAACUGUCGUCGACCUACCGGUCGUUCCGGGAUCCCGUAGAGGAGGAUGAGAUACAAGUGUUGGCUUCGGAGGACAUGGAGGUGAAGCCGAUUGUCACGAAAUCGAGGACGAAGGCGCCGAAAUUGACUCUGGUCAGGAGUCACUCCGAGGGAGAUCUGUCGAUUGCUCCGCAGAAUCUGCCGCUGGCACCUACAAGUACCCUCAGCAAGUGUCUACGGGUUCUCAGCGGAAGCUGGAAGAAUCUCUUUCAAUUGGGAGGCAUGAGCCGGCCCCCCAAGCCGGCAGCGCAGGUGAAGAAGGUGGCCCCCCCGGCUGUGCCCGACACAGGGGGCAAUAUUGGGGGCGGGGGUUUUCGGCAUUCGGGCAGUAGUUUCGGAUCGGCGGGGUACGGAUCGGCCGGAGAGGAUCAUCCCGUCGUUACCUCCUUCCAUGAGCCACCGCACAUCUCUAGAGAUGGCUACGAUGUGAAUGAGAUGUACGCAAUGUCAGGAAAAUCUCCAGGAGGGCAGUUCAACUAUCCUGCCUUCACAUUUCCUGGGCCACAGUAUACACAAGUCGUCCAUGGAAACACAAAGUCGGCAGUCUACUACCACCAUCAACUGUCUCUGCAGGAGGAUCAAGGCAUUGAUAUGACUCAGAGUCCCGGUCGAGACAGUCCGGGAUCUUCUGGGUCCGGAUCACGUCACUCGACGGCCAGCCUGGACAGUGGCCGUGCGUCCGGCUGCCAUCUUGGGCCUCCUCACCCGCACACCUCCACGCACCCUCCUCGCUGCUCCCUCUCCUCCUCCUCAGUCGGCUCCUCCGAGCACGGAGCUCCCUCCCGGGUCGAGCGACUUCUCAUGCAGGGCGUGCCCGACCAAGACGUUUUGCACAGUUGGCUGAUGGACUUGCACUUUGAGGAGUACUUUCCGCUGUUUAUGGCCGCUGGCUACGAUAUGCACACCAUUUCCAGGAUGACACCAGAGGACUUGACUGCCAUUGGUAUAAAAAAGCCAAACCACCGAAAAAAGCUGAAAGCUGAAAUCGGACAACUUAAUAUUUCUGAUGGAUUACCAGAUUAUAUACCGGGAUCAAUGACCGAAUGGCUACGCUUAUUAAGACUUGAAGAAUACGGAACAGCUCUGGAAUGCCAGGGCUACAACACAAUAGAGGAUGUGACCCAACUCACCUGGGAGGACUUGGAAGAUAUUGGCAUCGUCAAGCUGGGGCAUCAGAAGAGAAUCAUCCUGGCAAUCAAACGAGUUAAAGAUCUGCGCGCAGGGAAAUUCCCUCCUCAACAUAUCCCCACAUUCAUUCCACAUCAGGAGUUAGCCGCAGUCGAGCACCAUCACGUGACUGCCGCACCCGCAGUCGCAACCGCAAACGCAGCCGCAAACGAUUGCGAAUGUCCGCGCGUUCAUGCCGCGUUUCGCAGUUUCCACCAACCGUGGGAAAUCGAGGCCACGCGAAAUCUCUACUAUACCACUGACAUUGUUCCUAUCAAGAUAAGAGGCGGCAGAGGCAAAUCGCUGGAAUCGCUUGAGGAAGGCAUGAACAACGGGGGCGGUUGUGGAGGCGGUAACACAGUGGCGGGCGGUACUAGUAGUUUUGUGCCGCCUCCGAUGCCACCUCCAGCAGGCUGGCGCCCCAGGAGCUACGAUGACGGCGACAUCACGCCAACCAAUGAGCAGCUGCCCCUGCAUGAGGGAGGCGGUACUCUGCCCCGCCCCCGGGGGCUGGUUAGGCCCCGCCCCAUCGCUAAGAUACCGGCCACGUUCUGUCCCGCCUACAGACCUGAAGAGCUGAUAUGCGGAGGCGGCACUGGUACACUGAAACGCCUCCCGCCUUCGCCGCCAAAACGCAGCUUGAGCGAGAGCAGCGGAGGCGGCGGCUGUAUGACAGUGGUGGCAGACCUGCACUGUAUAGACCAACCGCCUCCACCCCCGGCCCCCACGGCACCCUGGGCCGCCACCGAGAGUCAGCUGAUCGCGUCGCUCAAGGCACAGGGUUCGGACUCCAGUUUCAAGUCGAGUUCGAGCACCGAGUCAGAUUCGCUGCCGUUCGCCAAUGAGAACGCCGGAACGAUUAAGCAGCGUGUUGCCAGGACUGGGGCCGAUUACAUUCCUCCAGCUACCAGAGUACAACAAACUAGUGAUCAACCACUGGAACCCAGCAGUGCCAACACAAGGACUAUUGUGAGAAAACCGGGACAAGAACCAGCCGACGUUCUGAACGAUAUUGGCAACAUGCUUGCCAACCUAACCGACGAAUUGGACGCCAUGCUAGAAGAGGAGAAAAGACAGGGCCUCACUGACGACUAACAGACUCAAGACACAAAAUGGCGGCGGAAUCACCCAAGGCCGAGGCUCAUGUACAAACGCAACUAGGAGAAUGUGUAACUCUAACUGGUGGCCUUUAGAAUAUAUUAUUAAAUAGCCUGUAAAAACAAUUCGAUUUCGUAAAAAUUGAUCGUGUAGAAAAUGUGUGGAAAUUUGUCAAAAACUGUCUUUCUGUUCAUAAUUAGAUUCUUGUCAUUGAAUAUAUGUAGUUGGAUGUACGAAUGAUGUAGUAGGAUGAUGGAACAAAUUUUUUAGUUGUAUUACAUGAUAACCUAUGUCAAAAGCGUCCAAUAUUAUGUUCGGUGUUUUAUUUAUCUUGGUGACAAUAUGGCUUUAGAUACCGUAACCCUCAUCCACUCUCUCACAAUCGAUUACAUUUAUUUCUAUUCAUGCAUUAUUUUUUUCCAAUUUGACUCUCUAAUUUUUAAUGUUAUUACAAUACUAUUCAACACUAUUUUGUCACUACUAACAGGUCUGAUAAUGUUUUGACUUGAGUGAAACCUCAUCUACAACUUUCAUAUAAUGCAAGUCAGUUCUAGAAGAGUGAGUUUCAGUGCCAAUAAGACCCAAUCUUUUUGUAAAACUGACUUUCACAUUUCUAAAGAGCUGAUUUUGAAAUAGGUACUAGAAAAAAACAAAUCAUUAAUGUUGGUACAACAACAGUACAAUUGAAUGAUCCUUUAUUUGGAUAAUGUAUUGUCAAAUACUCAAAGAUCCAUUUAUUUCAUUCAAAACAUAAUGGAGCACAUAAGAACCGUUCAAGAUGUAAUAAAUCAUGUCUCAUUGAUGUACAGUAUAAACUGAAAUUAGUAUUUCUAAUAAUUUAUCAUAAUAAUUAGUUUCCAUGUUAUUAAUCCCAUCUUUAUUUAUAUUAUUGUUACUUGAACAGUUUGUACUUCUAAUCAAGUCCCAAUUUUUAGAAAAACAUUCAAGGAAUGUUACUGGAUUUUAUGAUUAUUCAUAUUUUUUAUACCCAGUAUAAUUGAGUCUGCAUUUUAUAAAAUGAAUCAUUGUAUUGUAACUAUUUCCUGUAUCCUAAAAACCAGUAGUUAAAUGUGUUUAAUUUAUGUGUUUGUGUUGAAAUUUACAACGCUAUCUAAUGUUUUAUUUUAUGCUUUUAGCUACAAAUGUUAUCAAAGUAUCAUUGUCUUGAAAAGGGUGACAAUACUAUCAAAGUAUCACGUUGUCAAAUAUUUUUAUCCUAAAAUGUAUAUUUAUAUGUUGGUAUUUGAAAAGUAUAUGUUGAAGAGAUAAUAAUUCUCUACAUUCUCUAUUUAUGUUGUUUUAAACUACAAAUCCUUAUUUAAAGUGUACACUGUCUUAAAAAUAGCCUAUUAUUACAGUAUCAAAUGAUUUUUAGCAUUAUUUGUGUUAGAAACCAUUCGCAGAUUUCGAGAUGAUAAUAAUGGAAUAUUAAUGUAGUAAUCAAAUUAUGAACAACUCUGAAAUGUACUCCAUUUUGCGUUAGUCAAGUGAUUGAUCUCUCACUGUUUUAGGGUAAUUGUUACUCUCAGACAACGGCCAAAUUAACAUGAUUGUAAUUAGUUGAUGAAUUGCGUGAAUGCGAGUAGAUGAUACUGUCAAAUAAUGACAUAGUUACGAAUUUAUGUCUAUAUUUUAUGGAGAUUUUAUGUUUUAACUUAUUCGAUGUAAGAUAAAUGUAUGUGUAGAUUAACACAAUUGAACGAAGAAUUUGGAUAAUAGAGUAUAGAAGAAGCAAUGUAUGUAAUACCGUUGUUGUUAUUAUUAUAGUAUUUGUACCGAAUUUGAUGCAAAUAAUUUGACUGAUGAAAAUCUUGAAACCAGGUAAGUGUGUAUGAGGUGGAGACUUUACUCUCUCCGAUCGGUUAAUUUUAAUGUUAGUUGUAUUGAUGUCGAAUCAAAUCAUUAUGAAAAUGAUGAUUGAUUGUUGUAAAUUAUGUUGAUAUGAUCUUAUAAUGUGAUUAUAUAUUUAAUGUUUAGUGCCAAUAACAACGUAAACACUCAUAGAUAAGUGCGAUAAAUAUUCAGUUAAUGUAAAUCAUUUAUUACUUUUUCACCAAAACGUUUUUCAGACAAUUUUAUGUAGGUAUUCUUACUGAUCUAAUUCCACCUAUCAAAUUGUUUUUAACCCUUCUUGAGUUGAUAAGUACGGUAAAUUAAAAGUUCAAUAGCGAUAAUGCAGUGUAAGUAUGUUUUCACAUAAUUUAGCGUUUAUCCUCUAUAUUAUUGAUUUUUGGAAGACAUUCAAUCUGUUUUUUAAAUUUUGAUCAAACCGACUCAAGUUGAACUAUGGUACUCAGUAAGUUCUAAAAGCUUGAAAAAUAAGUUAUUUUAUGAUUCGACUGUAUCCAGUAAAUAAAAAAUCUGUUGGGGUGAAAAAAUUCAGGAAAAAUGUCUGAAUGGAAGUUUUUUAAAUCACUCUCAAUUCCAAGUUCUCUGUACAAAUUUUGUCUUUUUUUCGAGGAGUGCUAAUAUCGUAAUUAUUAUUUGUUUACUGCAUUGUUAUGUAGAACAUCUUAUUAAAUUAGUUCCUGUUAUAAAAAAUACAUUAUAGAAGAACAAUAUUUGUCGUAUUGAACAAAAAUGUUUUGUACAGAUAGAAAUACAGUUAUCAUGAUUUGAAA